GGCAGAAUUACAGUGCACUGGACUGUACAGAGCAGGGUAGCAUCCAGGCUGCUGUCUGUGAGGGGUGGGGUCCGGCUACACUGAUACCACCAAACGAAAGCUAACAGAGAAGCAGAAAAGGAGAGGAAAAAUAGAGCGCAGAGGGGGGAAGAUUGCACCUAAAGAGGACUAUAAAACGGGAUGAAAGGAGACACCCCAGUGAACAGUACCAUGAUGAGUGUCGGUCAGGCCAGGAAGCUGGUGGAGCAACUGAAAAUAGAGGCUAGUUUCUGCAGGAUAAAGGUAUCGAAGGCCGCGGCGGACCUGAUGGCGUACUGCGACGCUCACUCCUGUGACGACCCCCUGAUCAGCCCCGUGCCCAUCUCAGAGAACCCCUACAGGGAGAAGAAGUUCUUCUGCGCUCUGCUUUGAGACCAAUCAGGGAUUGCUGUGAUUAAAAGUACAACUGUACUGUAUGUACAGUGUGUACAUGUACUUCUGAUCUGAAUGAGACAUCAAUGUACUAUAGGAACCUUGCAUAAAAGCUGCCGAUGUACAGUACACAAUCAACUCAACUAAAUUAUUUCACUGCUAAAGUCUCAAUGUAAGAGGGGAAAAACAAAUAUAACAAAACCCAAACAUUCAAUCGAUAGUCAGAGUUAUCAUAAUCAAAAGUAAAUAAACGUAGGAAACAGCUAUUAUUAGUUUAAUAACACGUCAUGCUUAUUUAUAUUAUAGGUAACUGCCAAAAAAGGAUAAUCAUAUGGAUCCUGCAGAUUUAACUGGGAGGCAAAGUCCCACGCUUUGGAUUUUGCUCGAUCAGAUGCUGCUCUGACAUUUCAAGGCUGUCACUUCAGCCCAUUAUAAUGUUCAUACAUUUGUGAUUGAAAAAAAGCCUAUGUUAGGUAAGUUUAUGAAAUGUCCUAUCUGGUUGCUACUUGUAGAUGGAGGUAAUACCACUCUUCUUCAGAUUAACGCUCUUUCAGUGUUCUGUCUCCAUCAACAGCUAGCUUAGCCUUUUAGAGCUACACAUUCAUUCAAUGGAGGAAAAUAAUCCAGCGGAAUGAAUCCUAAAACCCCAGAAAUGAGUUGUACUUCAGGAUCCGUUUUGAAGUCAAUGGGUUUUCAGUUAGAUGCCUGAAAUGAGUUGUGUGUCAGUAAGAGACUUUACAGUUUUGUCAUCCUGCUUGUGAAUUGAGGCUUUUACAUGUUUAAAAAAAAAAAAAAAAAAAAAAAGCUUACGCUUCUAAAAUCAGUGAUGAUAAUUUCUGAAUAGCAUCUUACUAACAAGACAGACAGGUGGUAUGAUAAACGUUUGUUGGCCAGGACUAAUUUUCCACAAUAAUCGAAAAACUAAAAGGAACAUUAGCUAAAUGCUUAUUUGUAGGACUACAAAAUGCUUCAACCCUGCAGCACUCCGUUCUCUUUUCCAAUAUGUUUUGUAUUCCUCAAAUACAUUCCUCUGUUUUGGCAGUUACUUGUAUCUACCAAGUCCAGGCUGUGUUUAUGAGUGGAGCCAUUUCAUUCAAGGUUUAUUAAGAUGUUAGCAUUUUGCUCAUUUCUAUACUGUUGCCGUCGUGUGUGUGGAAACGUGUAUGUGUAUGCAAAGGUGCUACUGUGAAACUUAAGCCACAACCCUGAGUCUGAUCACUGUCGGAAAAAAUAUGUUAUAGUUCAAUAGCACAUAGACCCGAAAGAAAAAAAACAUUCCUAGGGUUAUGAACAUUUAAUAUAUAAUCUAAGCCAUUAAAUCAAAAUCAGCUAUUUGAUUGAGUCUGUCACAGGAACAGUUUUAUAUUUCUGCAAGGUAAACAAAAUAAAUGCAGUCGUCAAAUUUACUUUUAAAGAAAGUGUACAUUUGAACCAAUCAGGUGUGAUGGGCCCUUCAGCCCAACGUCUCCUCAUUCAUGUGAAGCAAGGACGAAUGUGAAUGACUUGGGAAUUCCUUUUAUUAAUUAAAAUGUGUCGCUUUCUCUGUGGUUAUUUCUCCAUCUACAAUACAGGCAAUGACAUAUUUAUGUUAAAUGUCUGCAAGAAAAAGAAAAUUGCUGUAAUUUGGAGUUCCCCUCAUCUCACGAUAAAACAUAUUUUCGAAAUCUUGCAAAUAACAAAUGUGGUGCUUUGCAAAAAGAGAAACCAUGGAACAUGAAGAAUUGAAAUAAAACCU